AUGACAAGUGUGACGCAUGUUGUAGGAAUAGCAAAUACAAUACGCAUGCCAAGGGCCACCGGAGCUUGGAGAACAGCAAGGAACCUAGGAACUGUAGGGAAAAUGUUCCCUAAACGAUCAUUUAUUCAUUAUAAUAACAGAUCAUGGAAAUUUUCAAAUAAACGGCUAUUUUCAUUAACAGCAGAAAAUCCAGACACGUUGCAAGAAACAGGGAAGAAUAACGCAUUUGUGAAAAACAAUCCCGAGUAUACGGGAAAAAAUGUGCAAGAAAAUGAACUGAAGAAAUUUUCCAUAUUUCGAUAUAAUCCACAGAAUAAUAAAAGACCCAAGAUGGAAACAUUUGAAGUAGAUAUAGAUACCUGCGGACCUAUGGUUUUAGAUGUAUUGAUUAAAAUAAAAGAUGAAAUAGAUUCUACUCUAUCUUUUAGGAGAAGUUGUCGUGAAGGUAUAUGUGGCAGUUGCGCUAUGAAUAUAAAUGGAAAAAAUGGAUUGGCUUGCUUAACUGAAGUAAAUAAAGAUAAAAAGGAAAUCACAGAAAUUCAUCCUCUACCAAAUUUAUAUAUUAUAAAAGACCUAGUACCAGACUUAACAAAUUUUUACAAUCAAUACAAAUCAAUUGAUCCAUGGUUAAAAAGAAAAACAAAGAAGGAAAAAGGACAAAAAGAAUUUCAUCAAUCCAUUGAGGAUAGAAAAAAAAUAGAUGGUUUAUAUGAAUGUAUUAUGUGUGCAUCCUGUUCCACGUCAUGUCCAUCUUAUUGGUGGAACCCAGAAUAUUAUUUAGGCCCAGCAACAUUAAUGCAAGCCUAUAGAUGGAUUGUUGAUAGUAGGGAUGAAUACACAAAAGAGCGUCUAAUGGAAAUUAAUGACACUAUGAAGUUGUACAGAUGUCAUGGCAUUAUGAAUUGUACCGUAUGUUGUCCGAAAGGUUUGGACCCAGCUAAAGCCAUUAGAAAUAUGAAAGAGUUAGUUCAGGAAAAUUUUUCCAAAGAGAAUAUAAAAUCACAUUCGAAUUAUGUGAAGGAAAAGAUGGAAAAAACCAAGUAG